AUGGAUUCUCUUCCCACAGCAGACACCUGGACCGUCAGCGCGGGAGGUGUGGGCUCCGACGGUGGGAACCUGAGUGCUGCGCUGGGAGCCGGGGCGGCCACGGAGGCGCUGGGGGCUGAAUGGCUGCAGUUGCUAACGCAAGCCGGCAACCUGUCCUCGUUUUCACCCUCUUUGGUGCCCGGACUGCCUACGGUUUCCCCUGCUCUGUCGCAGCCCCGGGCCAACCUCACCAACCAGUUCGUGCAGCCCUCCUGGCGCAUUGCGCUGUGGUCCCUGGCGUAUGGUGUGGUGGUGGCCGUGGCCGUCUUUGGCAAUCUCAUUGUCAUCUGGAUCAUCCUGGCCCAUAAGCGCAUGAGGACUGUCACCAACUACUUCCUCGUCAACUUGGCUUUCUCCGACGCCUCUAUGGCCGCUUUCAACACCUUGGUCAACUUCAUUUACGCGCUUCACAGCGAGUGGUACUUUGGGGCCAACUACUGCCGCUUCCAGAACUUCUUUCCUAUCACAGCCGUGUUCGCCAGCAUCUACUCUAUGACGGCCAUUGCGGUAGACAGGUAUAUGGCCAUUAUUGACCCCCUGAAACCCAGGCUGUCUGCCACAGCUACCAAGAUUGUCAUCGGAAGUAUUUGGAUUCUAGCAUUUCUUCUUGCUUUGCCUCAGUGUCUUUACUCCAGAACCAAAGUCCUUCCUGGACGUACUCUUUGCUAUGUGCAGUGGCCAGAAGGCCCUAAACAACAUUUCACCUACCACAUUAUUGUUAUUAUACUGGUAUACUGUUUCCCGCUACUCAUCAUGGGCGUAACAUACACGAUUGUUGGAGUUACCCUCUGGGGAGGAGCGAUCCCAGGAGACACCUGUGAUAAGUAUCAUGAGCAGCUGAAAGCUAAACGAAAGGUCGUAAAAAUGAUGAUUAUUGUUGUGGUGACAUUUGCCAUCUGCUGGCUGCCCUACCAUAUUUACUUCAUCCUGACUGCAAUCUAUCAACAGUUAAAUAGGUGGAAAUACAUCCAGCAAAUCUACCUAGCUAGCUUUUGGCUAGCAAUGAGUUCAACCAUGUACAAUCCCAUCAUCUACUGCUGUCUGAAUAAGAGAUUCAGAGCUGGGUUCAAGAGAGCUUUCCGCUGGUGUCCUUUUAUCCAAGUUUCUAGCUAUGAUGAGCUGGAGCUCAAGACCACCAGGUUCCACCCGACACGGCAAAGCAGCCUGUACACAGUGACGAGGAUGGAGUCCAUGACGGUGGUGUUUGACCCCAGUGAUGCGGACAACACCAGAACCAGUCGCAAGAAGAGAGCUGCACCAAGAGAAGCACAGUGCACUGCCUGCUCCCGCAGGAAUUCCAAAUCUGCUUCUACCACAUCCAGCUUCAUAAGCUCACCCUAUACCUCUGUGGAUGAAUGCCCUUAA